AAUCGAUUAGCUGUACUGAGAAGCUAGGGAAAUGAAAGCUAACACGUGGAAAUAGUAAUCUGUCGUAAUUUUCUUUUACUUCAGGGUAGUGUAGUGCCUUUUUUGAACCGUGCCUUGUCGACGGUGACUCUGUAUCAUUAGCUGAAGGCGACAAUUUCCUCGCUGCUUAUUAGUGAGCUGGUUUAUCUGCCUUAUCAUGGCGGACAACGGAGACGAGGAUUCUCAGUACAAAAUUAAAGAGGGUGACUACGUUGUGUUGAAACGAGGAGAUAUCUAUAAAGCUAUGCAAAUACAACCGAGGAAGAAGGUGAUUUUCGAGAAACAGUGGUUCUUCCUGGAUAAUGCAGUUGAUCAUCUGUACAGCACCACAUUUGAGAUAAUGUCCGGAGGGACCCUGCAGCCUAAGAAGCCCAAGGACACAGCGGGCUCAAACGGUGCAAAGGAGGCAGGCACAGACAACAGAAACAUUGUAGAUGAUGGAAAAUCACAGAAACUGACAAGGGAUGACAUUGAGACGCUCAAAGAGCAAGGUCUGAAGGGUCAGGAAAUCAUUCAGCAGCUUAUAGAGAACAGCGCCACAUUCAGAGAUAAGACUGAGUAUGCCCAGGAUAAGUACAUCAAGAAGAAAAAGAAGAAGUAUGAAAAUACUGUGACGAUUCUAAAACCGUCGUGUCGAAUCCUGGCGAUGAUGUACCAUGGCCGGGAACCAGGGAAGAUCUGCCACCUGCGGUAUGACACACUUGCGCAGAUGUUGACUCUGGCAAACAUCCACGCUGGCAGCAAAGUUUUGGUGUUUGACACCUGUGCUGGUCUCGUGCUGGGAGCUGUCAUGGAAAGAAUGGGAGGCUAUGGCUCAGUGAUCCAAAUGUACCCAGGAGGCGGGCCUGUACGGGCGGGUGUGGAGAGCUUUGGCUUCCCUGCACAUUUUCACGAUAUGCUGCAUGAGUUUCCCAUCUGCCAUGUCAACCCUCUGCUGGCAGGCACUCUGGACACCACGGCCAAAGACCCAAAUGCUGAUGAAAAGCAGUCUAACAAGGCUGCAGAGGAGGAGCAAAACCAGCCUGAGGCAGAACAGCAGGGCAGUCCAGAGGAGCGGAGCAUGGAAACCAACGCUGGCGAUGACGCUGGCCAGGAGCAGGAGAAAAAAGAGAAGGAGAAACGCAAGGAAGCCAAAGCUCAGGAAAAAAAGGUGAAGCUGGAGGAGAAACGGAAGAAGCUAGCAGCUGCUGCUGCCCUGCUGGAAAGCAGAAAUGCAGACGGGUUGGUUAUUGCCAGUCGUUUCCACCCAUGUCCCGUCCUAAUGGGCCUGCUCAAAUUCCUCUCCCCCUCCAGGCCUUUUGUAGUCUACUCUCAGUACAAAGAGCCUCUUAUCGAGUGCUACACAAAGCUCAGGGAACAUGGUGGCACAGUCAACCUCAGACUCACAGACACCUGGCUUAGACAUUAUCAGGUGUUGCCUAACAGGACGCAUCCUGUGCUACUUAUGAGUGGGGGUGGCGGCUACCUCCUCUCAGGGACAACGGUUGCCAUGGACCGCCCCAAACCUGCAGGCUCCCAGCGAGCGGAGGAACCAGCACCAAAGAGACUGAAACUGACGGACACUGAGGGAUAAACAAAUACUCAAGCAUCACAUCUUUUAAGGGCACGUUUCUAAUGGCCUGUAGGGAUUUUCCUCAAGCAUUGACCUCCCUUUGUGCUGAACAGAUUUGACACAUCUGGAAUAAGGGUGACAGAGUGUCUGGUUUGCAUUCAUCAGACCACUCUCUCCCGUCUUAUGUAUUCAGAUCAGUGCAGCCGAAGGUGUAAUGCUGAGGAGUAAGCCAGUUUAGGCUCUUGGAGCUCAGUGUAUGUGCGUAAGGAACUGCUGAAAUAAUCUUUUGUGUGUUGAGAGUAAGUGACAGGUUUGUGUUUCAUGCCUCGAGACGAGGUGUAAAAACAGUUUUUUUUUUCCAGUUAAUGCUCUCCAGCUUCUAACUUUUUUUUUUUUUUUUUUUUUUUUUUUUAUCUUGUUAUCCCUGCAGAAAGUGCCAUUUGUCAUAUGAUUCAUUUGCUUGUGAAGUUUUACUGUGGGCUACUUCUGUAUCUGCACAGAAUUAAAAAGCAGUACUAAAGAG